AUGAAGAUGACUAUAGGGAAGGGAUAUGCCGUACCAGUCCCAGGGGAACAUUUACAAUGCGACUUUCAUCUGCGUUGGUACCUGCUUCAUCAUGCGGUAUUAAACCCCAAAAAGCCGGAAAAGAUGCGUAUAGUUUUGGAUUGUGCGGCAAAACACAAGGGGCAAUCGUUGAAUGACAUGCUCUAUCAAGGUCUAGAAGCCACCGCGAAUUUAGUGAGUAUACUUUUGCGAUUCCGUAAGGAACGUGUAGUUGUUACAGCUGACAGAAGAGAUGUUUAUGCAAGUGAAGGUGCCAAAACAUGA